GAGCCAAAGCACAAGUUACCUCGAUAACCGCCAAUCCUGCUUCGUAGUCCGGGUGUGUUCAUGGAGACGUCCUCCCCUUUGGCAAGUUUGAGGGGCAAUCGGCAUCGACAGGCAAGGGGGCUCUGUCAGUGGUGUAGUGCUCCCCGGAGAGAGAAUUCAGUUAUGAACGAUAAGGCGUUGGAACCUCAUUCUGUCAGUAUCGCCAUGGAGGGGGCCGACGCUCGCAACAGAGACGGCCAGCAUCUCGCCCCCCUGCUUCAGCCUCAGCAGCAGCAGGAGCCGUCCAUGUUGACCCAGCUGAAGAAGGUCAAGAACGACAUCUCCGAAGCGCAGCGUUUCUCCCACCUCCCCAAGCGCUCGGCCGUCGACCUGGACUUCACCAACCUCUCCUACUCCAUCCAAGACGGGCCGUGCUGGAGGAGGAGAGGUUUCAAGGCGUUACUGAAGUGUCUGUCUGGGAGGUUCUGCAGUCGGGAGCUAAUCGGAAUCAUGGGGCCCUCGGGGGCCGGGAAGUCCACCUUGAUGAACAUUUUGGCUGGAUACAGGGAAACAGGGAUGAAGGGUCAGAUCCGGGUAAACGGUCAACCCAGGGACCUGAGGACAUUCAGGAAAAUGUCCUGCUACAUCAUGCAGGAGGACGUGCUGCUGCCACAUCUCACUGCACGGGAGGCCAUGAUGGUUUCAGCGAACUUGAAGCUGAAUGAAAGUCAUGAUUUGAAGAAAACACUGGUGAAUGAGAUUCUGACUGCCUUAGGGCUCCUCGAAUGUGCUCACACUCGCACCAGCUCGCUGUCAGGAGGUCAGCGUAAACGGCUGGCCAUCGCCCUUGAGCUGGUCAACAAUCCUCCCGUCAUGUUCUUUGAUGAGCCCACCAGUGGCUUAGACAGUGCAUCCAGCUAUCAGGUGGUCUCACUAAUGCAUUCUCUGGCACUGGGAGGACGGACCAUCAUCUGCACCAUCCACCAACCUAGUGCCAAACUGUUUGAGUUGUUUGACAAGCUUUACAUUCUCAGUCAGGGACAGUGCAUCUACGAAGGCACUGUCCCUUACCUCAUCCCCUAUUUGAAGAGUCUGGGGCUUCACUGUCCCACCUACCACAAUCCUGCAGACUUCAUCAUUGAAGUGGCAUCAGGGGAGCAUGGUGACUUGAACCCUGUGUUGUUUGCGGCAGCCCAACGUGGAAUGUGUGCAAUAGAGGAUGAGACGAGCCAGUGUGAUGAAAGUGGCACGUCAGUCCAGGCAACCAUGAAUACUGGGCACAUAGAGAGCCAUACUUUUGCGACAAGCACUCUAACACAGUUCUGUAUCCUCUUCAAGAGAACCUUCAUAACAAUAUGUCGAGACCAGGUUUUGACCCACCUCAGACUGAUGUGCCACAUCCUCAUAGGUUUCUUAAUAGGCUUGCUCUAUCUGAACAUUGGCAAUGAUGCCAGCAAGGUCUUCAACAACACUGGGUUCCUCUUCUUCUCCAUGCUUUUCCUCAUGUUUGGUGCACUCAUGCCAACGGUGUUAACUUUUCCUAUGGAGAUGGCUGUGUUCCUGAGGGAGCAUCUUAAUUACUGGUACAGUCUGAAAGCCUACUACCUUGCCAAGACCAUGGCUGAUAUUCCAUUCCAGGUCAUCUGCCCCAUCAUGUACUGCAGCAUAGUGUAUUGGAUGACAGAUCAGCCUCCUGAGGCCAGCCGCUACCUGCUCUUCAUAGCCCUGUCCACCUGUACUGCUCUAGUGGCCCAAUCCCUUGGCAUGCUGGUCGGGGCCGCUUCGACCUCACUACAGGUAGCCACGUUUAUUGGACCUGUCACAGCGAUCCCAGUGUUGCUUUUCUCUGGAUUCUUUGUGAACUUCGAUACCAUCCCCUUCUAUCUGCAGUGGAGUGCCUAUGUGUCUUAUGUCAGGUAUGGGUUUGAAGGCGUGAUCCUGGCCAUCUAUGGGAUGAACCGUACAGAACUGGUGUGUCCCGGGAAGGUUUGUAGGUUCCAAAAGCCAGAGGAGGUUUUGCAGUUACUGGAUGUGGAAGACGCAAAGCUCUACAUAGACUUCAUCUCCCUAGGUAUUUUUUUCCUCAUCCUACGACUGGCCACCUACCUUGUCCUACGAUACAAAGUCAAGUCUGAGCGAUAGGUUUUACAAACAAGGCAGAUUUGCAAAUACAGUGUUUACUGUUAUUUACAGUGUUAACUAUUUGCCAAAGAAAAUUGAGGGCAAACUUGUUGUACUGGAGAACUAGAAGAGAAAGAGUUAAAAAUGAAUUAUAAUUUUUCAACAAUAACCAUGAUUACAUUACAUACAUACAUACAUAUCUAUCUGGACACUAUAUGAGAGAAGUAUGUUUGAGAUAGUUUAUGCUCUUUUCACUAUCUCAAAAUCUUUAUUUCCUGUGUAUCAAUGUAAUCACAACUUAUCUAGAUUGUCUUUUUUUAACGUGUUGAUCGUGUUAAAUUUAGCUUUGCCAUGAUUGUGUACCAAAAUUUGGUAUGUAUAUGCAAUUUCAAUGUGUUUAAGCAAAAUAGAUGGAAAACUCACUUUACAUUAUUAUUAGUUUGUUUCCACACUAUAGCCAGUAAUGCCACAUGGACACAACACUCUCAUUCAGUCAUACUUGUUGCUAUCAGAAGUUUUAUGUUUUUUUUAAAUUCCGUAUUAUUAUGAAAGAAAAUGUAUGCAUCUUGACUGCACAUUACAGGAAUAUGUGGCACAGAACAACCAAAGAGAAUUCAAUGUAAGGUGUGUGUGUGUGUUGGUCUUGUUUGCAAAUGUUGUCUUUUUUCACCACAACUAAUAAACUUUUUUUUCGCACCAGCA